GACUAUACCAUUACCCGUGGAUGUUUGCCUUGUGUGAUGGCCCGAUGCUUCAUCCAGUUUCAUUCCCCGUUCUCUCGUUCAUUGCUGCGUAGAACCUCCGCCAAUACGAAUAUUCUUUUCUUCCCAUAUUGCCCUCCAAAAGCCCACAAAUUUACUCCAUCACUUCUUCACCACAAAAUUCCUGGAGUUGCAUUUUCUUCACUGUCAUCGCUGUCAUCCAUGGAAAACCCUCCUCAAGGCUACAGAAAAAAUGUCGGAAUUUGCCUUAUGAAUCCCUCUAAAAAGAUUUUUGCAGCUUCAAGGCUUGAUAUACCAGACUCUUGGCAAAUGCCUCAGGGUGGAAUUGACGAGAACGAGGAUCCAAAAAGUGCUGCUAUCAGAGAAUUAAGAGAAGAAACUGGAGUUAGUUCAGCUUAUAUUAUUGCCGAGGUGCCACAUUGGUUGACAUAUGAUUUUCCACCAGACGUCAGGGAGAAACUUAGGCAUCAGUGGGGUUCAGACUGGAAAGGUCAAGCACAAAAAUGGUUUCUUUUUAAAUUCACUGGAAACGAUGAAGAAAUCAAUCUUUUGGGGGAUGGGACGGAGAAGCCUGAGUUUGGAGAGUGGUCAUGGCUGUCACCAGAAGAAAUAAUCAAUCUUGUCGGUUGUGGAUUUCAAGAAACCUGUGUAUCAGGAAGUUAUGACAGUUUUCUCUCCACAUCUUGAGCAGAACAUUGAGAAGGUCGAUUUUUGAUCAAGGAAGUGUUUAUCCUCUGAUUUGUCUAGUCAGAGCAAGCCACAACUCGCCUAAGAUACACGUAUUACAUGACUUAGAAAUGAUCGACAAUUUUACGUGUUCCUAAUAUUUCCAGUGUCAUUGUUUGGUAGCAUGGCAAAUUUGCAAACAAACUCCAGACGGCUUCGUUUGAAGUCACAUUUUCAUUUGUAAUUUGAGAAUUCUGGAGAGUUAAAUAGGAUUGUUGAAACUUGAAAGGGCAUAUGGUUUAAAUCUUGAUCACAGUUGUCAAAUUAAUCUGUAUGUGUGGUAAAGUGGAAAGCAA